AUGUCUGAUGUUUCACCGCCGUCCCCUUGUACUCCAAAGAUUACCCCGCUCGCUCACUCUCAUGUCCGGCUUUACAAGAUUGUGCUACCUGGCUCGCCCGCGUUAUUCAAAUUGUCUACUGUCUCGGCAGCUGUAGGCUCGAAGAAUCUGGCAUUCAAAAGGGCGGACUACGCACGGCAAGCUUCUACGGAGAUGGAUGUCAGAAUUGCGCAGGUCGAGCUUUCCGUUAUGCAAAACUAUAUUGGUGGUAAAAACAUGACCGAUGCUGAGGUCAAGGACGUGAAGGGUUUUCGGAAGCUCGCUAUUGUUACCACCUCGAAGAACGUCCGCAAGCUUGAGAAAACGUAUUAUAAUGCCAUAGCAAGUUUAUCUUUUCAUUUUCUACAUCCUCUUGCUUAUCUCUCAACUAGUGCCAUGCCAGUAACUCUGUUGCAGCUGUGGUGGCAAGGGCAAGCAAGAAACCCAAACUGAUCGUUAAGAUCGCUGCCUAGUCGGUCGGUUGACCCAAUCCAAAGACGCCCCUCCGAAGUCAUGCGUGGUGCCAAGACAGAAGAAGACACGGUCGUAAAUGAGGGCAGAGGAUACAUCAAUACUAAGGGCACCACUUUCCCGCCAAUUACUGCUCCCGAAGCGGUCGCCACAGAGGUCACAGCCCCCCCCCCCAAGGAGGGUUGCCGCUGCUUGGAAGGCAGCACAACCGCGCAAACAGACUGCCAAGGCACCCAAGGUUCGUGCUGUUCGACAAGAUCCCUCGAUCCGGAAGUCAACUAGUCCGAAUCCGAAGGCUGCUGAAGCUCAAGUGCGGAGGUCGUCUCGUCUGGCAGAGAAAACGAACAGACGUAUAUAAAUAUUACGCCGCUCUAGAAUCUCAAGCUGUUCGUUUGUGCUUCAGCUGGCUGUUCUUCUGUACAUAAUUUCAUACCGCACGAGCUUUGGUGUAGUUAAACUGUACGUU